CGGUCUGCGUCUGCGCGCAGUUCGAACAAGUUGAGAAAUAGACCAACAGAAAGCCCAUCCAAGUGCAGUGAUCAAUACGGUAACUGACAAAAAACCCUAGAAGUCAGGGCCUAAAAACCAUUUUGCGGCGCUGCCAGUGUGUUUUUGUGUGAUAAAAAAAAAGCGGCUCAGAAAAACUUGCAGACAGCAGAUAGCUCACAAGUUUUUGUCUUCUUCGGGCCAUUGAACAAUUUUCACGAGGCAUUUUCUAUAAGGAAUAAACAAUUAAUUCAAUAUUUAAAGCAUAAAAGGAAACUAGACACCGAACACUACGAUCUCUAUCAACAUGUCCGCCAGCGCCUCAGCCUGCGAUUGUUUGGUGGGCGUGCCCACUGGGCCCACCCUGGCCUCCACAUGUGGUGGCAGCGCCUUCAUGCUGUUCAUGGGCCUCCUGGAGGUGUUUAUCCGCUCUCAGUGUGAUCUUGAAGAUCCCUGCGGAAGGGCCAGCAGUCGGUUUCGAUCGGAGCCGGACUACGAGUACGAUUUCAUUGUCAUUGGCGGCGGCUCAGCGGGCUCUGUGGUGGCCUCUCGACUGUCCGAGGUGCCCCAAUGGAAGGUGCUUUUGAUUGAAGCCGGUGGCGAUGAACCCGUGGGAGCCCAGAUACCCUCGAUGUUCCUCAACUUUAUUGGCAGCGACAUCGACUAUCGCUACAACACGGAACCAGAGCCAAUGGCUUGCCUGUCCUCGAUGGAGCAGCGCUGCUACUGGCCACGUGGCAAGGUACUGGGCGGCACUUCGGUAUUGAACGGAAUGAUGUAUGUCCGCGGCAACCGGGAGGACUACGAAGAUUGGGCAGCGGAUGGAAAUCCUGGUUGGGCGUACAACGACGUGCUUCCGUUCUUCAAAAAGUCAGAGGACAACCUGGAUCUGGAUGAGGUGGGCACGGAAUAUCACGCCAAGGGUGGCCUCCUGCCAGUGGGCAAGUUCCCAUACAACCCACCUCUAUCCUACGCCAUUCUGAAGGCCGGCGAGGAGUUGGGCUUCUCCGUGCACGAUCUAAAUGGUCAGAACUCUACUGGAUUUAUGAUUGCCCAGAUGACGGCCCGAAAUGGCAUCAGAUAUAGCUCAGCCAGGGCUUUCCUGCGACCGGCUCGCAUGCGCAACAACCUGCAUAUCCUGCUGAACACCACGGCCACCAAGGUCCUUAUUCAUCCGCACACUAAGAAUGUUCUGGGAGUGGAAGUCAGUGACCAGUUCGGCAGCACGCGAAAAAUCCUGGCGAAGAAGGAGGUAGUUUUGAGUGCUGGUGCUGUGAACUCUCCGCAUAUCCUGCUACUAAGUGGAGUGGGUCCCAAGGACGAACUGCAGCAGGUGAAUGUGAGGACCGUGCACAACCUACCAGGUGUGGGCAAGAAUCUGCACAAUCACGUGACCUAUUUCACCAACUUCUUCAUUGACGAUGCGGACACGGCGCCACUUAACUGGGCCACGGCUAUGGAGUACUUGCUGUUCCGGGAUGGUCUCAUGUCCGGCACUGGCAUUUCGGAUGUGACCGCAAAGCUGGCCACUCGCUAUGCCGACAGUCCCGAACGUCCCGAUCUCCAGCUGUACUUUGGCGGCUACCUGGCCAGUUGUGCCCGCACAGGACAGGUGGGCGAGUUGCUCUCGAAUAACUCUCGCUCCAUCCAGAUCUUCCCAGCUGUUUUGAACCCUCGUUCGCGGGGCUUUAUUGGCCUGCGAUCUGCUGAUCCUCUAGACCCGCCGCGUAUUGUGGCCAACUACCUAACACACGAGCGGGAUGUGAAGACGCUGGUGGAGGGCAUUAAGUUUGUCAUCCGAUUGUCGCAAACGACGCCGUUGAAGCAGUACGGCAUGCGGCUGGACAAGACGGUGGUCAAGGGAUGCGAGGCACAUGCCUUCGGCAGCGAUGCCUACUGGGAGUGCGCCGUGAGGCAGAACACGGGUCCGGAGAAUCACCAGGCUGGCUCCUGUAAAAUGGGUCCCAGCCACGACCCGAUGGCGGUGGUCAACCACGAGUUGCGCGUCCACGGAAUUCGCGGACUCCGAGUCAUGGACACCAGCAUAAUGCCCAAGGUCAGCUCGGGAAACACCCAUGCCCCCGCCGUGAUGAUCGCCGAGAAGGGCGCCUACCUGCUGAAGAGGGCCUGGGGCGCCAAGGUCUGACGCGUGGAUGCGACGUGGACGUUGCAUAGAGUAAUUUAAUCAGAAUCCAAGCGAAAAUUACAGCGAGUAAAAUUUUAAGCGAAAUUACACUUAUGGCACCUCAGAUCCAAAACUAAACUAUUUUACCCUAAUCCAAUCUAAUUUAAUCCGAUCCUAUACGAAGGUUUCUCACUCUAGGCACACCGCGUUGCGCAAUCUCCAUUAAAGUUAUCUAUAAGUUAACAGGCUCCCUUAAAACUAACUACUGUGACCCACUGAAUAUAACGUCAAACUUCUUGAACAGCACUGAGCUCAAAUGAAAGAGAAAUAAAACUUAUUAGGUAUCUAGUAAGUGUACUAAAAUUCCAAAUUAAAUUAAUCUGAAUUCACCUUAAGAAGUUGAAACUUUUCCAUUAAUUGCGUUUAACUGCAAAACAUUAAUGAUAGCUUGAGUUAAAGAGGUUUGACUAUGUAGAUUUCUAUUAAUGCUUAAUUUGUAUUGAGCUUUAUGUUGACCAAUCGCUACACUUAAACUCGAUUUCGACCUACUGGACAUGUAAAUUUCGUUUUAAACUACAUUUAAAGUAUAUAAUUCGUGUUACCCAUUGACAAUGUAAAUUUCGUUUAUCGUUUAUUUCGAAAUUGGACGGAUGAUUGAUGUCCUAUAUUUCUGUAUACGCGUAUAUUGCAUGUAUUUAUUGUUCGAUUAAAGUGCAACAAUUUAAUUUAA